CGCCGCCGGCGCCGCAAGAUGGCGGUGGGCAGUACGGCGCUGCUGCUGCUGGCGGUGGUGCUGGCGGCCUGGCUGUGGCGGCGGAGGCGGGUGGCGGCGGGCGGCGCGGGCCAGGUGUGUGUGGUGGUGCUGGGCGACCUGGGCCGCAGCCCGCGGAUGCAGUACCACGCGUUGUCGCUGGCCCGGCACGGACGCGACGUCGCGCUGCUGGGCUACCUCCAGAGCAGGCCGCACGGAGACGUGCUGCGGAGCGGGAGGAUACGGCUGGUGCCCGUGGCGGACCUGCGGGGACUGCGAGUUGGUCCAAAGCUUUUGCAGUAUGUUGUAAAAGUCAUCGUGCAGGCAGUGCAGUUACUAUACAUGAUGCUGAAGAUAGAUCAGCCAUCCUAUAUUCUUCUUCAGAACCCUCCAGGCUUACCUGCUAUAGCUGUGGCCUGGCUAGCAUGUCUCUUCUGGAGAAGCAAGCUGAUCAUCGAUUGGCACAACUAUGGAUACACUAUAAUGAGUCUGAGCCACGGAAGAAGUCACCCACUAGUACAAAUUGCAAAAUGGUAUGAAAAGCUUUUUGGGCGUUUGUCUGACUAUAACUUGUGUGUCACUAAUGCAAUGAAAGAAGACCUCUGGGUGAAUUGCAACAUAAAGGCAGUAACACUGUAUGACAAGCCAGCUGCUUAUUUUAAGGAAACACCAUUAGAACUUCAGCAUCGUUUGUAUAUGAAACUUGCUGAAGACUGUGAGCCUUUUAAACCACAGUAUGUUACAGAGUCUGUCAGUUGGAAUGGUGAGAAAUCAGCCUUUACAGAAGUGGAUGGAAGCAGUGGACACGUGAGGAAGAGCAGAGCACGGCCAGCGCUUCUCAUCAGCAGCACGAGCUGGACAGAGGAUGAAGACUUUUCAGUCCUUUUAAAAGCCUUAGAAGGUUACGAGCAGUACAUCAAUGAGGGAGUCAAGCUUCCACCUUUAGUAUGUGUGAUAACAGGUAAAGGACCUUUAAAAGACUACUACAAUGGACUGAUAAGCAAGCUGCACUUCAAACAUAUCCAGAUCUGUACACCAUGGCUUGAAGCUGAGGAUUACCCUCUUUUGCUUGGCUCAGCAGACCUGGGUGUGUGCCUCCAUAAAUCAUCCAGUGGUUUGGAUUUACCCAUGAAGGUGGUAGAUAUGUUUGGCUGUUGUUUACCUGUGUGUGCAAUACAUUUUGAAUGUUUACAUGAGCUCGUGAAGCAUGAUGAAAAUGGUCUGAUAUUCAGGGACUCGGAUGAACUUGCAGAACAACUAAAGAUGCUUUUUUUGGAAUUCCCUGCCCUGGAAGGCAAACUUCACAGCUUCAGGAAAAACCUCCGUGCGUGCAAGCAGCUGCGCUGGGAUGAGAGCUGGGACCAGACUGUUCUGCCUUUGCUUGGGCAGAAUGAGUGACUUUUUGUGGGGAGGAGGGUGUCAAAAAAGCUGAUUCCUUCCUGGAGCUGCCUGAAUUUGCUCAACAGUGAAUAAACACUUUGUAUUGGCUAUAGUUGGAGCUUUUAAGUACUUCCUCUUGGAAGCAGUGUCUGCACACACCUCUUCCUUUACCAUUUGAGCUUCUUGUGUGAGUACUCGUGCUGACAGCGCAGCCGAGGCUGUUUGUUGUGUGCUGACAGCAUUAAGUCUUGAGGGAAGACAUGGGUCCCAUGCUGAAGAGCUUGAGCCUUGCCAUUUGCACUGGCCUGCCUUCCUUAUCCCUUCGGAUGAAUCUUUAGAAAGUGGGAGAGGUUUAGUUGCUGUAGGAACUCGUGCGUGAAAUCUGUUAUCUGUGCUGCCUAAAGGUCACUUUUUGGUGAAGAUACUUAGAGAACUACUAUCAGAUAGACCUGUUGUACAGUAAGCACUCUAGGAGGUGAUGUGGGUACGUUUUCUUCCAAAUGAGAGAUGCCCUUUACAAAAAUUACUCGAGCUGAGGCUACAGUGGGGAUUUUAUUUUUCCAACCAGUUAAGAUCACAAAACCAUAGAACAUUUGUGUUGGAAGGGACUCUAAAGAUCAUUAAGGAUUCUUGGCUCGUCUUCCCUAGACAAGCUCUGGCUAUUCUCUUGUAUGAUUUAUUGAGACAGAACUGUUUUGUUUCAAAGUUGUUUUCUUUUUUACAGUGUGUGCAAGAAGGUGAAAGCACAGCCACUGGUAUGUGACAGCUUUAUGGAGCACUUAGAGGAAAAGAGACCUUUCAGUGAGUGUUGUCCUUGUACACUGAAGCAAAUGUGCCCAUUUACUGUGAGAAAGAACAUCAAAAGCUUCCCUUUUUGAACAGGUGACUAGAAAAGUACAAAAUAAACCCAAAACAUUAUUAAAGUCCAUAUAACUUUGCUUCAUGAGUGCUACCAAGAAGGAGAAAAAUGACUGCUAUAGCUGAAUGCAGGACAGACACCUUCCACUAGAGCAGGUUGCUCCAAGCCCCUGUGUCCAGCCUGGCCUUGAACACUGCCAGGGAUGGGGCAGCCACAGCUUCUCUGGGCAACCUGUGCCAGCGCCUCAGCACCCUCACAGGGAAGAACUUCUGCCUAAGAGCUCAUCUCAGUCUCCCCUCUGGCAGGUUAAAGCCGUUCCCCCUUGGCCUGUCCCUACAGGCCCUUGUCCAAAGCCCCUCUCAGGUUUUUUGUAGCCCCUUUAGGUAUUGGUUUUCAAGCAAAAUCCUCUCCAGUGGUUUGGCCAUUCCCCUGUAGCCAUCAGUGUGCACAUGGAGAUAAAUUAAGCACGUCCCUAAUUAAACAGUAAUGCCAAAAGCUUUAGAGAGGUUUCACCUUCCCAUAAUGCUUUUUUUUAGAUCCAAAAAAGCCAUCGGUACAGAACUUUAAGUGACUUGAAGAAUUUUGUGUUAGGGAGAUAAAGGAGCUCCUGUGGGGGCUGCUAACGCACAUUUACUCCAGAAAUAGCACCUGUGAAUUCUUCCUUCUUGGGAAGAGGUAGCUAAAACCUGUGUGGGGUUCCUUCUGCACAUCCCACUUACUAGUAGUAGUCACGGCUCCUUCAGCUUGAUUAAGAUGAUUCUUGCUCGAUGAUUCAAGUUUCAAGUUACCCAUCGUCCAUUUUCUCUAUUCCUGCAGACUGAGGUGGUGAAAGUAUUUGUUCUUUUGAGUAGAUUUUAAAACAAGGCAAAGAAAAGGAAGUUAAAAGAGGAGAAAGACCAGCAUAUUUCAUGUUGUGCUUCAGGACAGUAGCGUCCAACAGGAAAAUGAUGGAUUGUGGAAAGCUUCAGAGAAGGUGAGCUCACUUCUUCCUCUUCUACACAGAGCAGGGAUACAGUGUAUGAUUCUGGUUUUGCUUUCUGGCCAGUCUGAGAGGAUGGCUUCCCAACAGCUAGUUGUGACAGUCCUUAUGUGACAGGAAUAUGAAUCAAGUUUAUGUUAUCACUGCAGAAUAAAGAUGCAUCUGAUUUACAGCACCUGAUUUACCUUCUCUUUCAGCUUCUGGCAAUAUCUGCUACAUUCACUGUAGGCAGUUUUCAUUAUUCAUUUUUAAGAUGACCCCGACUGCAAGUAUGCAGGUGCAUACAAACAAGUAUAAAAAGACACAGACCAUUACAGCUGGUUUUAAUAUUAAAAAUAUAUUUAUUCCAGUGAAGCAUUGCUUUGCUCCCUUGUCAGUGUGAGAUACUCAUCCUGUGGUCCUGCAGAUGUACCUCCGUUAGAAAGCAGAACAUGGUCAGACAAAGAAAUCCAGUUAAAUUCUGUUGUCUUCUCCAGAACCAGAGCACAGUAUGAUCAGGGCUGGUUUUCCUAUUGCCUUAAGGUUCCCAGGUACCUUUAGGGGCAGCAGUAAUUCACUUUGACAACAGCCUGGGCGUGGAGUUGUAUCCUCAGUGCCUCUCCUGCAGGUCUCUAGAACUCAAGAUCACCUUGUUGCCAGGAUGGGAUAGCUCCUGUUGCUCUGAAAACUGGAAUUCUAUUUGCCAAGUCUAUAUAAAUAGCUGGAGAAUAGUUACAUUUGACUGCACAUCACAGAGGAAAACACGAUUGCUGUGGGCUGGAAUAAUCUGCCACCCAAUCUCAGCUUUAUCUGUAAAGAGAAAAGCUGGGAAUCAGAUUUCUGCUUCAUAAAAUGAAGAUCAAAGGCUGCAUGUCUAGUUCUGUACUAAGAUCUCUAGCAUGCUGUUAAAGCGAGCCACAGGUGAAUGCUUACCAGUACCUGUUCUUAAACAUGACCAGCAAUGCUUCUGCUCUGCACAGGGUGUGAUUUUGUGAGUUAACCAGGGGCCGCAGGCCAGCUGCGCCACUGGGAGACUGCAAGAGAUGGGCUUUUGAGGAGUCUGUGAAGGAAAAUCCCAAAUCCCUCCCUAUUGUACUUCAUAGAAUCAUAGUUAGGAGUGGAAGGGACCUUAACGAUCAUCUACUUAAUCUCUAUUUGGGGUAUUUUAACUCUCAACAAUUAAGAUAAAGGUUUGAGGCUGUAUCUCGAACUUUAUCACUGUGACAGUGCAGCAGGUUUUCCUCCUUUAAGCUUAACCCUUUUUUAGUUCCCUUUUGCCACCACACUUGGGAUUCAUCUUGGGUUGGCACUGACAAACAUGAAUUGUGAUAGAUGGGAUGGAGCUAAAAACUAAGUUCCCAUCUCCUGAGCAAAUCCAUGUGGGAAAGGGACUGCUUUUAGGCAGAGCACUCUUAAAUCCAGCUCUAGGACAAAACCCUCACUGUUGGGCAAUACUCAUCACCAAAACCCACUCCUGUUCAUCUCUACUUGGGGAACAAGGCCAAAACUGUUAAUGAAAAAGGCACGUACCGAGUUGAGCCUGGAAGAGGUGAUAGGUGUCUGGAUUCCGGACUGUGAAAGCAGUGUAGACUUCAGGAGGUUUUCUGUCUGCUCUGGAAGUGGAGAGUUGCUGUAGCAGACCAACAAGGGCUCCAAUGAUCUCUGGAUCAUAUACCACAUCUGCACAAAAAGGAAAGCAUCUCAUAUUUCUUGAGAAUGGAGCAAAAAGCAGAAUGAAAACUACAAAACAAAAAUAUAAAAUAUUCACCUUGCCAGAGAGUAUGAUUUUUGUGUUCAGGGUUAAAAAUUCCCAAGAAGAGCUCUUACAAAACACCUCUAUUUGUGUGCUGUGUCAAUUUUCCUCAUCUCCAAUAUCACCAAAACUCACUAAAAAUCAGUGCUCCUUCUUAUAAAGGGACUGUCAGAUAUUGUAAUUAAGCCCAGUGAGACAGCAAAAGCACUGAGCAUUGGUGCUCUGCUACAGCUGUCCUUAGCAGAAACUGGCUUGUUACAAACUGUAUUUUAGAGGCUGAUUGCAAAGGAGUUGGUUUGAACUGCAGCUGUUUUCAUCUCAAAUCGUUUCCCUGAGAGCAGAAAUAGAGAUGGAAGGUCAGUCUGAUGAUGAAGGGGCACAAAACAUCAGCUUUACUGACCAGCACCACGAUUCUGAAAUGUGUCAGCCGUGCUAGGGACUGAGACUCGAGAGGUGGUGGUUACUACAGCAAAAUGUGGAGCUGCUGAACAUCUGGAAAGACUAAAUGAUGAAAUGAACUGGAAGAAGAUCUGCCACACGCCUCCAAACACGGAGACAGGGCUGAGCACAUUGUGCACACAGACACCUCCGUGCUCCCCUCUCUAACCUGUGCGGUCACCCACCGUGAGGUACAACCAGGGCGAAGGUACCUGCUGCAAUGAUGACAUCAGGUUGAAGAGCCAACAGCUGGUUUUCUGUAACUGAGCCCCACUCAAGUUCUGCAACAAUUACUUUUGGGGUUUGGUGAUUUGUUCCUUCUGCCUCCUGGCCUCCGGAUUCCAGCUGGAUAUGCUGGGCAGCUUCAAGCUCCAGGACAAAGCCAUUCAAACAGAUGUUUUCCUUCAGCUGUUGGAGAACACGGUGGUGGUAGUCACUAAAUAUGUAUGUCUUGGGAUUGCAGGUUUUACAGAUGGCAAUUCCAGUGAAGCCGAUUCCACUUCCUAAUUCCAAGACUGUCCUGAAGGGUAAAGAAGUACUUAGCAGGACUCUAAGUGGAGUUAGGAAAUCAAAGCACCCACAAUCUAAGCUUUGUCUCAGAUGAUGGGGACAGUUGGUGAACACUGAAGAAGCCAUUGCAAGGAUAAAAAUGAAUCACUUGAAAUACUGCUCUGGCAUGUGGUACAAAGCAUUCCCACCAUGGGGGUGGGAGACAUUCCCACCUGGUUUUAGCCUUCUGCAGCGUGGGUGUCUCGAUCUAACCAAGCUUUUUUCAUACUCAGUGGAGAGAAACAGACACUUGGGUAGCACAGUUCCUUUCCUUGUGUGCUUACAAACAAAGCCCAGAGGAGGAGAUCAGAUGUGUGCACCUGCACAUGGACUGUAUAAAGGCAGAUGGGAUGAACUUUGCCACACAGUGAGUGCACUAGUUACUCACUAGACACUGCAGUAGCUGAAGUUGAGCAGCCAACUCCACAGAGCAGGUCAGACCACAUGGCGUGACAGCUUUGAUCUUAAAACCUGUCUUAAAAGCACUGCGAGGUCCUCUGCUGGAUUCAAGUUUGACUCUAACAUCUGACUGUCAAGAACAGACCAGAGCAGCAGUUACCAGCAGCCAGAGGGUGUAGUCACUGUCUGUAAAUUAACUGUAACUUAAUAUAUCUUCUUUCGGAGGUACAUUGUUAAGUUACAGUUGUGUGGCUCACUCACACUAUGAAACCUCUCUCCCCAUCUCUCUUUCUGCGCUGGUGCUGGUACCUGUUCCUGAAGCCUGUGGGGUUCUGCAGUGCCCACUCAGCGAGGUGCAGAGCAGCCUCCCAUGUGACGAGCCCCGUGGUUCCUCCAGAGAUCACUGCUACGCUCUCAGAAAGGGUGACGUACUCUCCUGUAGGCUGGGGACACACAAGGCAGCCAGGGUGAAUCAGCACAGACAUGAGCUUUACAGUUUACAAGCAAUAUUAGCACCUGGGAGAAGGGAGGAAGCACUCCAGGUGUUAUUGUUAAAGCCAGUUAUUGCUUAGUUCAGGGGAUUAAAGUGAUUUAUACCACUGGAGCGUUAGUUCUUACCAGUAAGUAGUUUUUGUAACAGUGAGUAGAUUCUUCUUCAUUUAAAAUAGCUGCCAGUGCAUCGUACAGUUCAUCCAGAGGCUCAGCUGGGGUGGAUUCGUGCUGUGGGAGGCAGAAUAGGCUGGGUUUGGGGAGCAAAUUGUUGUGAAACAGGAAACAGACAUUAAGUCACGUUUUAAUACACUCUGCCAUAAUGUUUUCCUCUGAA